AUGGGGGGAGGAGAGGGGGAGAAAGGGGCGGCGAGGUGCCCCGAGCAAGGAAGCGAGGCGCUCGGUGGCGAGUCGCAGCCGCGACGUUCGUUGCCUGGUGCCCACGUGUGCCCGGCGCUGUACGCGGGGACGCGGUCUGGGCAGCGGACUAGUUCUCCCAUCGGUCUGCUGUUAACGAUUGGCGGGAUCGUGGCUGCUGCUAUUGACCCAACACUUUCCAUUGAGAGAGAAAAAGAGGGACGACGAAGACGACGAGGACGAGGAGGAGGAGGAGGAGGAGGAGAGGGCGAUCGUCCCCCGCCACAGGCACGCACAGGCGGCGAUGGGCCGGCUCGAGUCCAUCGGGGUGGGCAAGCCGGUUCUGCCGCCGUCCGCCGUCGAGAUGGAGCUGCUGCUGCUGUUGCUGCCGGUGGCGCGGGCGGCCGGGCAGACGCUGAGGGUGGCGCCGGCGGCAGGGACGGCCUCGGAGCGCUCGGUGUCGGCUUCGGGGGAAGCCGAGGAGGCAGCGGCGGUGGCAGCAGCAGCCGGGCUGGGCUCCCCCCUGGCCGCUCAGUGACGGGGCGCAGCAGGGGCCAAGGCAGCUCGGGAGGCGCCUGUUCGAGCCAGCGGCCAGCCAUGGACCAUAGCAGGCAGCCGCCGCCGCCCCCGACGGCAGCCAAGAGCCUGGCCGCCCCUCGGGCCGGCGUGCUGAGCGCCUCCAAGCCGCUGGCGUUCUCGAUCGAGCGCAUCAUGGCCCGGGCGGGCCCCGAGCCCAAAGCCCUGCCGCUGCUGCCCCACUUCCUGCACGGCGGGGCGGGCCCCAAGGCGGGGGACCCGCUCAAGCAGCAGCAGCAGCAGCAGCAGCAGGCGGCGGCCACGGCGCUCAGCCUGGGGCCCUCCAUCCCCUGCAUGAUCCCCUUCGUGCCGCUGGCCUACGAGCCCUUCGCCAAGGCGGGCUCGGAGCCGCGCAAGUCCCCGCCGGAGCCCGCGCCGCCGCCGCCGGCGCCGCUGCUGAGCCUCAAGCCGCAGCCGGCGGCCGACCUGCCGCAGCACUACAAGCUGGUCCGGCCCCGCGUGGUUAACCACUCCUCCUUCCACGCCCUGGGCUACUUCAGCCGGGCGGCCGACCCCGUGCCGCCGCCGCCGCCGCAGCCGCCGCCGCCGUCGGGCCUCAGCCUGCACCCGGUGGCCUCCUACUUCCUCGGAGCGCAGCUGCCCGCGCCCGCGCUGCCCGCGCCCGCGCCGCCCAAGGCCUACCUGGCCGAGAGGAACAAGCUGCACGCCCUGCCGCCGCCGCCGCCGCCGGGCUCCGACAAGUACCCGCCGCCGACGGCCGCCUUCAAGGACUUGGCGCACGCCCAGCUGCACAGCGCCGCCGCCGCCGCCGCCGCCGCCGCCGCCGCCGCGCACCUGCUGGCCGCCGACAAGCUGCCCUUCAAGGCGGUGGCGGCCGACUUCAGCCGCGGCUCGCCCGGCGCCAAGCCCAAGGUCUUCACGUGCGAGGUCUGCGGCAAGGUCUUCAACGCGCACUACAACUUGACGCGCCACAUGCCGGUGCACACGGGCGCGCGGCCCUUUGUGUGCAAAGUCUGCGGCAAAGGCUUCCGCCAGGCCAGCACCCUCUGCCGACACAAGAUCAUCCACACCCAGGAGAAGCCCCACAAGUGCAACCAGUGCGGGAAAGCGUUUAAUCGGAGUUCCACUUUGAACACCCACACGCGGAUCCACGCGGGCUACAAGCCCUUCGUGUGCGAAUUUUGCGGAAAGGGCUUUCACCAAAAAGGAAACUACAAGAACCACAAACUGACCCACAGCGGGGAGAAGCAGUUCAAGUGCAAUAUUUGCAACAAGGCCUUCCACCAGGUGUACAACCUGACCUUCCACAUGCACACCCACAACGACAAGAAGCCCUUCACCUGCCCCACGUGCGGCAAAGGCUUUUGCAGGAACUUUGACCUCAAGAAACACGUCCGCAAGCUGCACGACAGCACCGGCAGCCUCGGCGGCGGCGGCGGCGGCGAUCAACGUCAAAAGGAGUCAUGGCUGACACUGGCCAAGGACCCAUCCCACAGCAGGGACCCACUGACUUAA